AUGGCGGUCCCCCGACAGGUCGCAGGCAGCGGGGCUCCGGCAACGUGCGGUCUGGAGAGCAUUCUGGAGGCGCUGCAGCUGCUGCUGAGCCCGGGAGCAUCGGACUCAAGUUCACUACAGAUCACAAAACAUGAUGUCCUUUUGGCGACUUUAAGCUCCAACCUGUCUGCUUUGGAGGACAAAUUGCUGAAGGAUCCUCACUGGACAAAAUUGAAACUCCUAAAGGAUGAAAUUGCUAAUAAGGCAGAAUGGCCACAAAACUCUGUGGACGUCACCUGGAGGUUUACCUCGCAAGCCUUGCUGUUGCUGUUGUGCUUGAAGGAAAGCAUGAUCCACCUUGCAGCUGAUUUCAAUCCCGGCAAACCCAACCCGAGGACUCCGGAAGCCGCUCCUGCCCUGAGCCCAGAUACGCUUAGUAUCUCGCAGCAGAAGACUGUCCAGUCAGUGUUGCAGUUUGUUGUCACCUUGGGUGUCUGUCCGUAUCUCAUGCCUGGCGUUGGAGUCCCUUUGAGAUGCAGGACUGAGUUUGGCGCCGUUGUUCAGGAUGUGGUGUGUCUCACGGCUCCUCCCGAAGCGACCCGGAGGCUGUUCACCAGCUGCAGGGUUCUUCUAAAUGUUGCGCAUCACACAUCCCUGGGGAGCUUGAUCUUCUGCCGCCAUUUUGGGGAUAUUGCUGCUGGUCUGUGUCAGCUGGGAUUCUGCCCAACCAAGAGAAAACCAGGAAAACCUGAGGAAGAGGUUUUAACGGAAGAAGAAAGAACCUUUUCUAGACAGGCCUUGAGAGACAUCUUGGAUCAAGUGUAUCAACCAUUAGCAGUCCGAGAAUUACUUAUCCUCCAGGGAGGACCACCCCAGUCCUGCACAGAUGAGAAGACACAAGUUAGGUGUCGGGCCCCAGCUUGGCUUCGGCGUCUAUGUGGGCAGCUGCUCUCCGAAAGGUUGAUGAAGCCCAGUGGUGUUCAGGCAGUAGUCCGGGGCAUUCUGGAAGGAGCAGGCGCCGGGGCGGCUGGUGGGAGUGACGCAGAGGCAAUGGCUGCUGACUGGAAGAAGUGUGACCUGAUUGCAAAGAUCCUAGCCUCUUGUCCCCAGCAGUCUUUCUCGCCAGAGGAUUACUAUAGGGAUAUCUGCCCCCAGAUUCUAGAUUUAUUUCACUUUCAAGAUAAAUUGACAGCACGACAGUUUCAGAGAGUUGCCACCACUACCUUUAUAACUAUGUCGAGAGAACGCCCACAAUUGGCUUCGAAGUAUUUGCUUGAGCCAGUGCUAGCCCCUCUCCAUCGAUGUUUAAACGCCGCAGAGAUUCCAGAGAGUGACAUGGUGCCAGGGACCAUUUUGGUGACAGAAGAAGAACUUAGCAGAUGUAUUGAGGAUGUGUUUAAGGUGUACGUGGUCGGGAACGAACCUUUGACGGUUUUAAUGGAUUCCCUGUUUCCAGUCUUGGGCGUGCUUUUCUCCCUAUUCUGUUUUACUAAGCAGAGCGUGUCUCACAUAAGGUCACUUUGCCAAGAGAUCUUAUUAUGGAUUCUGGGAAAGCUGGAGAGGAAGAAGGCAAUUGCCAGCCUGAAAGGAUUUGCAGGAUUGGACAAGUCUGUGUCCCCUCUUCCUUCUCUGUGUCAGUUUAGAGCAGCCACUCAAGGUGGCAUCAUGAUUACCAUCAAAGAGAUCAUUUGUGACGAAGAUGAAGAUGAAGUCUUGUACCAGAAGGUGUCCUCAGAGCAGUGCCAGGUAGAGCAACUUGGGGACUUAUUAUCCCACUGCCAGGAGUGUGGUUUGGCAGGUGACUUCUUCAUCUUCUGCUUGCAGGAGUUGACUCAUGUGGCCAUGGAAAAUGAAGCGGAGUUAGAAACAAAACCCUUCUCCAGCAAAAGCUUCUUGGAGUUAGAGCAGCACCAAACUCGUGUGGAAGGUCAGGGGCAGAAGCUGCAGGUUCUACAGCUGUUGGCCGUUCUGUGCGAGAGGAUGUCUGAGCAGAUAUUCACAAAUAUCACCCAGGUUGUGGACUUUGUCGCAGCAACACUGCAGCGAGCGUGCGCAAGCUUGGCCCACCAGGCAGAGAGCACCGUGGAAUCACAGACGCUGAGCAUGUCCAUGGGGCUGGUGGCUGUCAUGCUGGGAGGAGCUGUUCAGUUGAAGUCCAGUGAUUUCGCCGUCCUGAAGCAACUGAUGCCUUUGUUGGAGAAGGUCUCUAAUGUGUACCCUGACCCUGUCAUCCAAGAGCUCGCUGUUGAUCUCCGCAUCACCAUCUCUACCCAUGGGGCCUUUUCCACCGACGCUGUCAGUGUGGCUGCCCGAAGUACCCUGAACAGAAAGGAUCCAGAAGGGAAAACAGAAGAGCACCCACAAAGCAGUCAUGAAAAGAACACUAAUGAGUCUGACCUCGAGCAACGGCAAAGCCGUGAGAAAUGCAGGCAAACAGGCCUGAAAUCACAUGCUCCACCCAUUCCUCAGGAGGUCGGUGGGCCCAGAACUACUACAAACCAGAAAUCUGGAAGCAUAACCACAGACCAACUCCAGGAGGUUCUUUUAUCAGCUUAUGAUCCUCAGAUUCCAACGCGGGCUGCUGCUCUGCGAACUCUUUCCUGCUGGAUAGAGCAGAGAGAAGCAAAAGCCCUUGAGAUGCAAGAGAAGCUUCUCAAGAUAUUCUUGGAGAACUUGGAACAUGAAGACACCUUUGUAUAUCUGUCUGCUAUUCAAGGGGUUGCCUUGCUCUCAGAUGCGUACCCUGAGAAAAUCUUGCUUGGCCUGUUGGCUCAGUAUGAUGGUGGUAAAGACAAGCACACGCCAGAGACCAGAAUGAAAGUCGGGGAAGUCCUGAUGCGAGUUGUCAGAGCACUAGGGGACAUGGUCUCAAAGUACAGAGAACCUUUGAUCCACACAUUCCUGAGGGGAGCAAGAGAUCGAGAUAGUGCUCACAGGGCCAGCAGCUUAUCUAACCUUGGAGAAUUGUGCCGGAGGCUGGACUUCCUGCUGGGCUCUGUGGUUCAUGAGGUAACAGCUUGCCUGAUUGCUGUGGCUAAAACAGACCACGAAGUUCAAGUGCGCAGAGCUGCCAUCCAAGUGAUUGUGCUGCUGUUUCGGGGUCUCAGCCAGAAAGCUACUGAAGUGCUGAGGGAUGUCCUUAAGGAUCUCUACCACCUGCUGAAACACGUGGUGCGUGUGGAGCCCGAUGAUGUGGCCAAGCUCCAUGCCCAGCUGGCCCUUGAAGAGCUGGAUGAGAUAAUGAGAAACUUCCUCUUCCCACCACAGAAGCUGGAGAAAAAGAUUGUGGUCCUGCCGUAGACCUGGCUCAACGG